AUGGCUUCUUCGGCAGCUUUGACAGCUUCUGCUGCAUUGAAGUCUCGAGUUAGGAGACCAUCUUUACUCAAUAAGCUCGCUCAUGCUGAAGAUUUGAUCCCUCUAUUCCCCAAUGGAGCUUACAUCGGAUGGUCCGGAUUUACGGGUGUUGGAUAUCCUAAGAAGAUUCCAACAAUGCUCGCGGAUCAUGUCGAGAAAAACAACUUGCAGGGCAAGCUUAAGUACUCCCUUUUCGUAGGUGCCAGUUCUGGGGCGGAAACCGAGAAUCGAUGGGCAGAAUUGAAUAUGAUCGAACGACGAAGUCCUCAUCAGGUUGGAAAAGCUAUUGCCAAGGGUAUCAACAAUGGCAAUAUCAAUUUUUUCGACAAACAUUUGUCCAUGUUUCCUGUAGAUUUGGUUUACGGAUUUUACACAAAAGAUCGUCCGAACAAAAAGCUGGAUGUGGUUAUUGUUGAGGCUACUGCUAUCACCGAAGAUGGUGGAAUUAUUCCAGGAGCUUCUGUUGGAGCAUCGCCAGAAUUGAUUCAAAUGGCGGAUAAAAUCAUUAUUGAAGUCAAUACCUCUAUGCCUUCUUUCGAGGGUCUUCACGAUAUUACCAUGACCGAGCUCCCACCAAAGCGAAAACCAUAUUUGAUUAUGGCACCAGAAGAUCGUAUUGGAACAACUUCUAUUCCUGUUGACUCUGAGAAAAUCGUUGCUAUUAUUGAAUCUGAUUACCCAGAUCAAACCGUACCAAAUGCCCCAGAGGAUGCUACCUCUCGUGCAAUUGCUGCUCAUUUGAUCGAAUUUCUUGAGCACGAAGUUAAGCACGACCGCCUUCCCAAGAAUCUUCUCCCAAUUCAGUCCGGUAUUGGAAACAUUGCCAAUGCUGUUAUUGGUGGUCUAGCCGAUUCCAAUUUCAAGAACCUCAAAGUCUGGACAGAAGUGCUUCAAGAUACCUUCCUUGAUCUUUUUGAUUCCGGACGUCUAGAUUUCGCAACCGCAACUUCUAUACGUUUCUCCCCAGAUGGGUUCAAGCGCUUUUACGAUGGAUGGGAGCAAUACUUUGACAAACUUUUGCUCCGUUCACAACAGGUUUCUAACUCCCCUGAGAUCAUCAGAAGACUGGGAGUCAUCGGCAUGAACACACCAGUUGAAGUCGAUAUCUACGCGCACGCAAACAGCACGUGUGUUAUGGGUUCCCGUAUGUUGAACGGACUUGGUGGUUCGGCUGAUUUCCUCCGUUCAUCUAAAUACAGUAUCAUGCACACACCAUCAACCCGGCCAUCUAAGACUGAUCCUCACGGAGUUUCUUGCAUUGUUCCUAUGUGCACACACGUUGAUCAAACCGAGCACGAUUUGGACGUAGUUGUUACCGAGCAAGGUCUUGCUGAUGUCCGAGGAUUGAGUCCAAAGGAGCGAGCCAAGGUCAUCAUUGAGAAAUGCUCCCAUCCAGACUACAAGCCCAUUUUGGAGGACUAUUUUAGAAAGGCCGAGUUCGAAUGCAUGAGAAGAGGCUGGGGCCAUGAGCCGCAUUUGUUGUGGAAUAGCUUCGAUAUGCACAAGGCAUUCGAUCAAGAAGGAAGCAUGAAGGCACUCAAGACUUGGGGUUAG